ACUGAUGACAUCUAUUAAACAAGACAAAAGGCAAGGAAUCUAACAGAGACAGAAUUGUAUUUAGACUCAGAUCUGAGGAGAGACAUGGCCACUGUACUCUCUGUACAGUCCUACACCACGCUCUGACGAAAAAGGUUUACGUCUCCUCUUUUAUUUAGAUAUUCAAUGUUUACGCAACAACACGUCACAACAGAAAUGGGGUGUAUGUUGUUGUCGGUCACAUUGAAGACAAAAGAAGAUGAUGCCUCGGGCUUGGGCUCGUCCUGGAUUCAGCUUCGGCAGGUCUUUGAGGACAAUCAUGUUAGACCCGCUCGACAUCCAUUGCUUUCCUCCUCUCCAAGGUUCUCAUAGUCAUCAUUGUCACCGACGUCGCACUGGCUGUGAGUUUUCCUUGCCCUUAUGUGGGCCUACCGAGGAUGUGGUAGUGGUUUGUGCAGCCCUUUGAGACACUAGUGAUUUAGGGCUAUAUAAGUAAACAUUGAUUGAUUGAAUAGAUAACCCCUCCCGUUUCAUUCCAUCGUACACAGCAGAAUCUUCCAAGACAACAAAGACAGCUCUCAUCUGUUCAUUGGAAACUCAGAGAGUGGAAAGUUUUUUGAUAAUUUACAUAUAAUUUUUCUGACACCUGGAAACGCCUCGGGAUUCCCCGGGAGGAGCUGGACUAAGUGUCUGGGGAGAGGGAAGUCUGGGCUUCCCUGCUUAGGCUGCUGCCCCCGUGACCUGACCUCGGAUAAGCAGAAGAAGAUGGAUGGAUGGACCUUUCUGAUCCAUUUUUAUGUUCCAAUAUGUUAUGAUGAGAAUUUUGUCAUAUUUUCUGACCCAAGCUUGGUGUUUUCCAACAUUUGUUGUGCGACUUGUGUGUGACUUGGAUAUAUUGUGAUGAGUGUUGUGCUGCAUGUGUCGUCAUAAUUCUGCUGCCAGUAAUCUGAAGUGCAGCUUUGACUGGCUGGACCACAUAGAUGUCCCCGCCAUCCUCCCUCCCGCCCUCAGCCCACAGCUGAUGAGGAUAUUGGCAGCCGCAUCUUUCCGCCCUGCUGAGUUAUUGAGGUGAGGAUGUUCUCGUCCUCGUCCAGAAGCCUGGUGUUGUCACCCUGGUCGUCCAUGGAGCAGUCGGACUCGGAAGCGUUGGACAUCAGCACCAAGGUGCAGCUGCACGGCGUCCUGUGGAAGAGACCCUUCGGACGACCCUCGGCCAAGUGGUCCCGCAGGUUCUUCAUCAUCAAGGACAGUUUCUUGUUGUACUACGCCGAGAACGAGAAGAGGAGCUUCGACAGCAGCAGGAUCUUCAACAUUCAUCCCAAGGGAGUGAUUCCUCUAGGAGGAUGUGUGGUGUCGGCCACAGAAGACAUGGGUAUGCCCUUUGGCCUCGUCAUUAGCCUGGAAGACUUCUCUGGCACCAUCGUGGUGGCUGGUGAGUCGGAGGAGGAGCAGCUGCACUGGAUGGAGAUGCUGCAGGAGUCAGGCAAAGUCACGUGGAAGAACGCCCAGCUGGGCGAGGCCAUGAUUGAGAGUCUGGAGGCUCAGGGUCUGCAGCUGGCCAAGGAGAAGCAGGAGUACCUUGAUAAACUGAUGGAGGAGACGGAGGAGCUGAGUCAGCAGCGAGCACAGAGAGAAGAGCUGCAGCGUCUCAAUCAAGUUCUGGAGGAGGAGAAGAUGAAGUUUGAGGAGGUGGUGAUGGAACUGAAGGCUGAGCAGGAGCAAAUUAAACUAGAUCUGGACGGCACGACUCAGUCCCUGCGAGGCGUGGAGAGCGAGAAGGAGGAGUUGAGCAGUCUGACCAUCAUGCUGCAGAAGUCCAUCGAGGUCGUUCCAACUCUCAUUGAUCGACCUUUGGAACAUUUGCCACGUCACAACAUCGACUUUGGCAGCGUCGGCAUCGACGCGGUGGUGGGGCGGUUUUUACUCUGUUAUGUGUUUGUGCAGCAACUCUCUGAGGAGAAGAAGAGAACUUUGGAGCUGCUGGAGGAAGAGAAGGAGGUGGCGGGAGAAGAAGAGGAGGAGGAUGACGGCGUGGAGGAGGUGGAGGAGGAGAAGGGGAAGUGUCAGGAGGCCAAGGAGUCGGGGAACUUGGACCUUCUGCAGGAUCUUCACCACAUUGAGGAGCAGAUGAAGCUGCUGCUGAAGGAGAAGGAGCAGGCUGAUGAGAAGCUGAAGGAGAACCAGCAGCGGGCGGAGGUUCUCCAGCAGGAGCGAGAGUUCUACUCCUCCCAGGCCAGCACGCUGCAGCAGUCGCUCUCCCAGCUCACAGCAGACAAGCAGCAGACGGAGGCGGAGCUUCAGGUGGAGAUGGAGGCUCGUGUGGAGCUGGAGAAACGUCUGAAGCAGGCGGAGGAGGCCCUGCAGGAUCUGGAGAGAGGACUCAACUCUCUGGAGCGCAGCAAGGAGCGAGAGGAGAAGAUGAGAGGCGACGUCACUCAGCUGAGGCGCUUCUUUGAGGAGUGCAUCUGUGCCGCCGAGAUCGAGGCCAAGCUGCCCGCCAUCAUGAAGAACGCCGUCUACCUCCACAAGGCGGCCGCACGCCGCAUCAAGAGCUGCCGCAUCCAGAGGAGAGCUUCUAGACGCCACUGGUUGCAACACUCCAAGUCCUUGGCCACAGCCGGCGAGGAGGGCGGCGGCGGCAGCAUGGAGGAUCUGAGGGAUGCGGCCCACAGACUGACCUGUGACAGCAGCUUGAGGGAGAAGGUCUACAAGAUCUUAGAACGUAAGGACGCCAUCUUUGAUGAGGACUGAUGCUCACCUGCUGCUGCCUCCUAGAUUGUAGACUCAAGUAGAUCACUUUAGUCCAGCACAUUAAAUCUGCACCUCAAUAACCA